AUUCUACCAAUUCUACCAAUUAGCCUCGGCAUACACCCACCUCACCCACAUAUCCACCCGUGCCACCCAAGAGACCACCAGUUGUUUUGUCAGCCAGUCUUCAUUUCGGAUGGCGUUAUCGAAGGCAAAAAAGUGUACAGUCGAGAAAUCCAUCUGUAAACUAUUUCCUGAUUGACACGAGUCAAGGUCGCAUUCUACCCUUCUUUGCAUCAUCACCAUCUUUCUCACAGUUGGAAUCCCUGGCGCUCCAAGUCCAUCAAUCGAGACAUUAAUCAGCAACACGACAAGUGAGCUGGUAGCGUUCUGACCAGUGACCACCUGUUUUACGCGCUAUAAAAGAGAUAUAGAACCUUCGUCAUUACCUCAGGUACCUGUACCUUGCUGGUUCUGAUCAGAUCAAUUGUCUAUAACCACCCCACUCACUCACUCUCCACCCUGACCAUGGCAUCUUCAAGCUCCCAGGUCGCCGACAACUACGGGGUCGACAACCUAGCAUUCUUUACCCCCAAACACCUCAACUCUCCCGGCUCGCCAUAUGAGACCUCCAAGCCAGUGCCCACGCUCUUCACUCCAUUGAAGAUCCGUGGCGUGACACUGCGAAAUCGAAUCAUCGUGGCGCCCAUGUGUCAAUACAGCACCGCACCGUCAGGACCCGACACUGGCAAGCUGACCGACUACCACAUCGCCACAUUGGGACACUAUGCGCUCAAGGGUGCCAGCUUGGUCUUUGUCGAGGCCACGGGUGUGCAGCCCAACGGCCGCAUCUCUCCCAACUGCCCAGGUCUGUGGAGCGACGAGCAGACGGCCAGCUUCAAACGAGUCUCGGAUUUUAUCAAGUCCCAAGGCGCUCUGUCCGGCAUUCAACUUGCCCACGCCGGUCGCAAGGCCAGUACAGUGCCUCCAUGGGUGGCAGGAAAACUAGGCAAGCCGGCGGGAGCGCGCGCCACCAAGGAAGUUGGCGGCUGGCCAGAAAACGUGGUCGGACCGACGGGCGGGUCGGAGCAGGUCUGGGACGGCAAAGGCGACGACGAGACCGGCUUCUGGGCGCCGCGACAGCUGUCCGUCUCCGACAUCAAAGAGCUCGUCAACGACUUUGCACAAGCCGCGCGACGAUCGGUUGAGGCUGGCAUGGACGUGAUUGAAAUCCACGCUGCGCACGGCUAUCUAUUACAUCAGUUCCUCAGUCCCGUGACCAACCGACGAAACGAUCAAUAUGGGGGCAGUUUCGAAAACCGCACGCGGGUGCUGGUCGAGGUACUUGAGGCGGUGCGCAAGGCCAUCCCGUCCAGCAUGCCGCUGUUCCUGCGCGUCAGCUCGACCGAGUGGCUCGAAGAUACCGAGAUUGGUAAGGCUCUCGGCAGCUGGACGGUCGAAGACACAAUCAAAUUGGCUCGCCUACUACCAGAUUUGGGCGUCGAUCUCCUCGACGUCAGCUCCGGCGGCAACCAUCCACAACAGCGCAUCAACAUGUUUGCAUCCAAGGACUACCAAACCAAGAUCGCCAAUCAGAUUCGCAAGGACCUCAGAGGUUCCAACUUGCAGCUGCUGGUUGGUGCCGUUGGUCUGAUCACCGAGGCCGAGCAGGCCAGGAACAUUGUCGACGAUACCGGCGUCGCGACUACAUCCCAGGAACCCAAUAUCGGCGAAGAAGCUGCCGCGGCCAAGGAAAUGACCCAGAAGAGCCCCAACCACGAGCCCAUGGCCGACGUCGUUCUCGUCGCUCGCCAGUUCCUUCGCGAACCAGAGUGGGUGCUCCGAGUCGCCUGGAAACUCGGUGUCGAUGUUGCAUGGCCCAAUCAAUUCCUCCGUGUGCGCUUUCCCAAGCUGUGAAGCACCACUCGCACUCCUCUUUAGAUUAGCGAGAUUGCUAUUCCUCUAUUUAGCUACGUCGACUGAAUGAGGCCUGGGGUCUGGGGUCUGGGGCAACGAUGGGGCGUGCCGGAUUAUACAUAUUUACACCACUUUAUGACUCCGUGUCGGAGGAGCUUAGACACGUGAGAAAGAGUCACAUCACUGAGCCCAAGUAGAUAUAUAGACGUGAUAUUACAAUAUCCUUCCUCCCAC